CGGAGUUCAGCUGGAAGCGAAAAAGUUUUUUUUGUGUUUUUUUUUUUUGGUUCCACCCCCCUCAUCCUCAUCGCGAGGAGUUGGAUUAAGUUUCUUCAUGCAACUUUUUUGGAAAGAGACCAGGACCAUCUCGCUGGGGAACAACAAGAAACUGAACGGUGACACCGUGCGCUCCCUGACUACCGCAGGUGCCGCCUUCUCCUUCAGUCCCUCCGGGGAGAUGUACCAAGGGUUUCCCGGCGACCCCGACAGCGGAUCCCGUGGAAGCUCGUCUCCGUCCAUAGAGUCCCAGUACCUAUCCUCGGUGGACUCCUUCGGGAGCCCGCCCACCACCAGUGCUCCGCAGGAGUGUGUUUCAGCGGGUGCUGGCUCGAGCAUUGUGGGCAGCGGGCCAGGAAGCGGUGUCGGAGGUGAGAUGCCAGGUUCAUUCGUGCCCACCGUCACCGCCAUAACUUCCAGUCAGGACCUGCAGUGGAUGGUGCAGCCAACCCUCAUCUCCUCCCAGGCCUCCGGGCAGAGUAGCUCCACUGGCACCUCGACCAUGACCCAGCCAGUGUCUCUGGUGGACCCGUACGACAUGCCGGGCCCCAGCUACUCCUCGGGGUCCUGUUUCACCCCUCCCGGUUCAGAAACUCCAGUGCCGGCGCCGGGCCCCAUCCGGCAGUCCAGGCCCCGCAGCCGCCGUGCACGAGACGAGUCUGUGAGUGAAGAUGGAGAUGUUGGUGUGUUACUAACACCUGAGGAGGAGGAGAAGAGGCGCGUUCGCCGAGAGCGAAACAAGCUGGCUGCUGCCAAAUGCAGAAACCGCAGACGGGAACUGACAGACAGGCUGCAAUCGGAAACUGACAUACUUGAGGAGGAGAAGGCGGAGCUGGAGGCCGAGAUCUCCGAACUGCAGAAGGAGAAAGAGCGUCUGGAAUUUGUACUGGUGGCCCACCAGCCAAACUGCAAGAUCCCGUACCAGGAGCAGGCUCAGCAGGCCUCAGUGCAGUCCCAGCUCGCUCCUCAGAGCCUGCCACCUCCCGUCUCCAUUGUGGGCUUGACUGUGAAGGAGGACUCUUUCUAUCUCCCUCCUGCCUACUCUGCUCACCCAGGCCCCACACAGCCCCAGCCUCCGUUGCAGCAGCAGCAAGUCCAGCAGCAGCAGCAGCCUCAAGCAGGGAUGAUGCAGGAGGUAGAGUUUUCUAGUUCUUUCUACGGCUCAGCUGAGCCAGCACCUGGUGGGCCAUGCCUUAUGGCCAGUGACAGUGGUGGUGGUGUUAACCAUGACGAUGCCGCCAUUGGCAGUUACAACACCUCAUACACAUCUUCAUUUGUGUUCACCUACCCAGAGGGAGCCUGCGGGGUCAGUGCCAACCAGCGGAACAGCAGUAGCGAGCAGUCAUCCGAUUCCCUGAACUCGCCUUCGCUGCUGGCGCUCUGACUGACCGACAGACACAUGCAUGCAUAGAUUACCACUCACAAGCCCAAUGCUCACUGGAUGCAGAGGCUGACACGAGAACACGCACAGUGCCAAUCAGUCUCCCAGAUUGAGGAAAAACAAAGUGUCAGUCAUUCGAACCUGAUUGGGCGGCACAUCCGGAAAUAUAUUCCUAACAAGAGCCAUAGAAAAAAUAAAUAAAUUGCACAUCAGAUCGAACCUUUAACAUUUGAGCUCCAGCAAAGAAUACAUUCCUGUUUUGUAUUUAGUCGAAUAGUUGUAACAGGGCACGAUUAACACGUUUCUACAAAAAAAAACCCUUAAAAAGUGCAUUACGAAAACCUGCAGAGCCUUGGAAGACUCUUCGAAGCGCUUUAACUUUUCCACAUUUUGUCACAUUAAACCACCAACUUCAAAGCGUUUCAUUGGGACUUUAUGUGACUGUCCAGCAGAGAGUAGCCAAUUCUUGUAAACUGAAAGGAAACGAACUUCUCACAGAUAAAGUUCAAAGAAGGAACGUGCAUUUGUAAGACAAUCCUUUGGUGGUAUUGGUGUCAUUUGGCUUACGUCUCUGACAGCCUGGUGCAUCUGGAGACUGUAAUUGUUGCCCAUUCUUCCUUUCAAAAUAGCUCAAACUCAGACAUAUUGGCUGGAGAGCAUCAGUGAACACCAAUUCUCAGCACCUGUCAUGGAUUUUGAACUGGACUUAGGCCUAAACUUUGACGGAUCCAUCGUAAAUCAGAUGCGUCGGUUGACCUAAGCUCUUCCUUUAAAGCUUUGCUUGUAUGUUUGAAGUUAUUGAGCUGCUGGAAGGCGAACCUCCACCACAGACUUAAGGCCUAUCUGUCUCCUGGGUUUAUCCUCCGAGGUUGUUCUGCGUUUAUCUCCGUCCAUCUGCCAGCCAGCUCUGACCUCGCGCUUGCUUAUGCCCCUUUACAGGGCUUGUUAAAAAUUGCAAAGGGGUUCUUCCUAUGGCUCUCUUUCAACAAUUUAUCAAUCUUGCAAUUUUUCUAUAAAAGCCAUGACUAGUGGGACGCACCACCGGUUGAUGUUUAGUAGAUGGAUCCCCCCACCCGAGCCGUGGAUCUUUAAAGCUCCCCCGGAGAUACCACGGGCCUCUUGGCUGCUUUUUUGGAUAUAAAGUGACAAAGUGUGGAAAAUUCAAGGCGUACGAAAGCCUUUUUGCCAGGGACUGCUCGUUACCAGUCUAAAGUGCUCUGAUUUAAAGAACUGAUUCACAAUGAAUUUUUCUUAUUAAAAUACUCUCAUUGAGUAAAAUAGAUGUUAUUGCUGCACCCCAACACGCACCAGUGCCCCCACCUUGUUCCCUCUGUCGGUUGCCCUUCUGCUAACGCUCUUGCUUUCAUUCUUGUCCAUUACCUUUUUCUUUUUUCUUUUAUUUUUCCUCUCGUCCGCCCUGUUGUUGAAUGUAUUUGUGCAGAUCUGAAAUAAGGGACCAAGGACAAUUUGUUCGGGGUCUUUUCUUGUGGAAGACAGACACAGCUCGCUCACCCGUAACCCUCCAUCUGCUCGGCUGCUCUAUAUGCUUCUUCAUUUGCUGCUUGGACUUGGCAGGUUGAGGAUCUGAGUAUCACAGCCUCCUCUAAAUCUUGUGCUUUCCGUUAAAAAAUUUUUUUAAAAAAAAUUUAAUCUUCCACCGUCUGCCAACCUGCCAUGCGACCCAUCUCUACCCAUCUGUUUUUUUUUUCUCCUCUUCUGUCUCUUUUAUUUCUCCCUCUCUCUUUGAAGUCCUCGACCACUGAGAGCCCGGAGAACCCGUCCAGCCCCUGGGACCUUGAGUGAAAAAGCCGACGCAACUAACACUCCCCACUUUUGCACCCCAGUCAUUCAUGGAUCUGGACGUCCAAACGAGAAGAACCUCUCCUUUUUUGGAGCUCACUGCUCAAUUCCUUUUUACGAUUUGAAACAGCAGCUACACGUACGUCUAGCAACGCACGCGGAUGCACAAAGCGCGACACGAAAUGCCACUGUCUUCUGCUGAGCCAUUUUUCAUGUUGUUCGCACGAUGAAGAUACAUUAGAUACAUCUGCUGUGCUGGAGAGUAAAAAAAGCGAAUAGGAACUGAGUGCAGGCAUGGAGGACAGACACCUGCGGAGGAUAUCCUAUCAUCCAAUUUGGGUGUAGAUAUGAUAAAGUAAUGGGUGGGCAAGAGAAAAAAGAGAAAAAAAAAGAAAGAAAGAGAGGGACCAAAAAACGAGAGAGAAGCACUUCUGUGGAGAUGUGACCUCGGAAAAAAAAACAAACAAACAAACAAAAAAAACCGUCUUCACAUUAAAGAAA